AUGCUUAGCACAGCUCACCUCCUCUCUUUUUCUGGUGCAGCAUUGGCUGCUGUUUCGGUUACCGAUCCAAGCAACUUUGCCGACUUGGCCGCCGAUGCGUCCGACAACUCCAUCAAGGCCGUUUACGACAUCGAACCCAUCCUCUACCAGACCAACGACAUCGUGGGCCCGUACUACUACUCGGACGGCAAUGUCACCAGUGCGGACCACACCAGCUUCACAGUCGACGCAAACGACACCAGCGUCAUCGUCGUGACGGACGGCGCCCAGCUCAACUUGUCCUAUGUGGAUGUGAUCAAGCACGGCUACAGCUCCAACUUGUACCAAGCCAGCUUCUACGGCUUGAACGCAGCCAUCAAUGUUGCCAACGCGUCUUCGGCCUCCAUCACCCACUCCAACAUCACUGUCCACAAUGGUGCCGCAAACGUCUUUGCCUUCGGCGACAACACCAUCGUCUACGUUUCCGACACCGAUCUGUACAGCUCUGGUCCGGUUUCUCAUGGCCUCUACGCUGCAGGAAACGCCACGAUUGUUGGAAAGAACCUUCGUCACUACUCUGGCGGCAACCGCUGUUCGUCUUUUUCGGGCGACACCCCGGCCGGCGUGGUGAAUGUGUCCGACUCGGUAGCUCACACUGCUGGCAUUGGAUCUGCGCUGUUCUACGCACUCGGUACUGUCAAGGGUGAAAAUGUUGCCGGCCUCGCCGAGAAGGCACCUGCACUCUUUUCGGAUGGGCCGCAGAUUGCUGAGUUUGACCACGUGGAUUUCACGGCUGGAUUGCUUGCCGGAACAGUCAUGUUCUCCUCCUCGGAACGGCAAUCUGGAGCGCACAUCUCCUUCGCUUCCUCCAAAUUGACCGUGACUGCUGCAGACGGCCCCGCCCUCUGGUUCGGAAACGUCAUCGCCACCGCCUCCAUCUACAGCACCAACUUUACGACUGCUUCCGGUCUGCUACUCGUCGCCAACAGCUCGCAAGUCACCCAAGAGUUCUCCUACUUCGCCGGCGCUGAAGAAAACUCUGCCAUCCUCCCCGCGCAGGUAGACGUCACGAUCGAGGAAAGCGAGCUCGUCGGCGACGUUGUCGUGUACAACGGCAGCUCUGUGACGUGGUCCCUGGCGGAGCACUCGACCUGGACAGGCAAGGUCGUGUUGGGAGAGGGAGGCGACGUGGACGGCACCGUGAGCGUGGCGCUGGAUGGAACGAGCAAGUGGGUUGUCACGGGUGAUACGGUGCUCGGGAAUUUUACGAAUGAGGAUACGAGUCUGGCGAAUGUGGAGAGUGCGGGGUUCACGGUGACGUAUGAUAGCGGCGAGGAGGGGAAUGCGUGGUUGAAUGGUGCCACGUUUGAUUUGUCGGGUGGAGGAUCGCUCACACCUGCAUGA